AUUUCAACAUUCAAACAUGGCUGACUUGAUUUCUACAAUAUAUUAUUCCAAUAUAAAUCCCACAGAUUUCUACUAAUUUUGCCUCCAUUUUUGAAAUCAAAAUCUGCUCUGUUUCACACUCUAAUAAUUAGAACCCAGAUAAGCAAAAAAUGGAAGGAAAAAGAUCCACAAACGAACGAAAGAAAUCGCCAAACGAAGCUCGUUACCGAGGGAUACGGCGGCGGCCAUGGGGGAAAUUUGCGGCGGAGAUUCGAGAUCCGUCGAGGAAUGGCGCUCGGCUCUGGCUAGGAACGUUCGACACGGCGGAGGAAGCAGCGAGGGCGUACGAUCAAGCGGCGUAUGCGUUCAGAGGGCAUUUAGCGAUUCUCAAUUUCCCGAAUGAGUACCAAAGUGGGAACCCUAAUUCUGAGGCGGCGUUUGGUGGUUCUACGGCGGCGCCGUCUUCUUCGACGGCGUUUUCUGGAAAUUACUCCGGCAGCAAUGGGAGCCAUGGAUCCAACGAAGUGAUUGAGUUGGAGUAUUUGGAUAAUGAGGUUUUGGAAGAGCUUUUGCAAUCGGAAGAUGAAGGAUUCAAUCGGAAGAACCGAUGAAUUUUGAAAUGUUGAUCCAAAA